AGCACACUCCUCGUAGGGCCUCAAAAUAGGAUGACAUGACUUGAAAAUGACUGAACUGCACACAGCAGACUUUCUACCCGCGUUUGAUGGACUGAUCCCCGCGUUUCCCGCUCACUCUCUCACCCGCAAGAAGCAGAUACUAACUGAAGGUGGAGCAUGGCUGGUAGAGCACCAGGAAGCCCAACACCGGAGGUAUCACAGCUUCCUCCUCUACGACCAGGACUACAUCCAGCAUAGGCAACAGGAGGCUGAGAAACAGUUAGGGGAGAAGAUAUUGGACGGGUACUACCUACUGAACUGUGCUAAGUUAGACGACCCACAAGAUAUCUGUAGUAUAGAUAUCUCCAACCAAGGUUUGAAUGCGGCUAAGGAAGAUGAUUUUGACUUAUUCAUCAACUUGUUCCACAUCAACGCAGCCGAAAACAAUUUGAAGUUGGAGUGUCUCUCCUCGUUUCCCAUGGUUCGGGAGAUUCAGUUCCAGUUUAACAGUUUGAGUAAAGUUAAACUGUCACCGAACCACUUCCUACAUCUCGACACUUUGGAUCUGUCUUACAAUCAGAUAUCACAUAGUGGAAUACUGAACAUAGGGCUCAUUGAGAGACUGAGAGUUCUGGUAUUAACAGCUAACGAGAUUAAAACUCUACCGUCAAACAUGGCAUACCCAGCAGUUGAUAAUGAGAAGCAGAUUUACCAGAGGUUUGCCAACCUGGAGGAAUUGUAUUUAGACAACAAUCAUCUCUGUGACCUCUCUACCUUCGCCACUCUGGGGGCUCUCAAAAAGUUGAAGUACUUGAACCUUGCUAAGAAUCACAUCUACUACAUACCUCAUUUACGGGUGUUGGGUUCUGCAAUAGCUCAUGUCGAGGACUUUAAAGCACAGAACAAGUCCGCAAAGUCUACUCGGACCAAGUCUCAGAGAUCCUCCGCUAACUCUCAGAAAAUGAAGCAAGAAAUUUCAAACUCGGAGUUUGGUUUGACGAAAAGCAAAAUAACUCCAAUCCAAACCAAGACACCCAAAAAGCUGAUCGAUGUUUUACCUGGAAAAGACGACAAUAGUGAGGACUCGCCUGAUGUGCUGGAAGACGAUACCCCCGAAUCAGAGAUCAGUACCCCAGAUCUUGAGGACGAAACCCCAACAAUCCGAGAUAAGAAACCAAUCUCACGUCCAGAAGAGGAGGACAUUGAGACAGGGGUGUCCAGGGGAGACUCCCCGGCCUCCCUGAGUCGAGAACAAAUAGUUCAUGUGGGGAGUAGCAGCGCAUUUCCGGGAGGAAGUGUUAAGAGUGGAAUGAUGGAACGGGACAUGAACAAGUCCGAUAGUCCUGAUGCCAUCAGAAAAAACAAACUCAAUGUCGACGCCUAUCUGAUUAGCGAGGGUAAGUCAACAGCAGAGACAAUGUACCAGACUGCGCCCAUGCCGCUUCAGCAACCGUUCCCUCAGCUGCAGACUCUUAUCUUAUCUGAUAACGUGAUCUCAGAAGAAGAGGGAGUGUUAGCGUGUGCACUGUGGCCCAAACUCUGCCAACUAGUCCUACACAAUAACCCAGUAAUAACCCAAUGUCGAGGUCUCCCUAUUCUUCUCACCCACGAACUCACCCUCCGCAACGGGAUCACCAUCAUCAGAAACCCACCCUCCAAAGUGAAGAAGCCUCCCUCUGUUACAGUAAGCGCAGGAACCCGCCGCAUCAAGGAACCCCCUCGACCUCUGCCCAGACAGCCCCACCCAGAGUUGCUAACCCUGGAGUCUGCUCCUUCCCUUGCUCUUCCACCUACUACUGCUGGAUCCUCAGUGCCUCCCAUUUCUCCCUCUGUAUCUCUUCCUGAAGCCCAGAAAGAGGCUCCUGAACAGGGCCUCCUGACGAGGGCGUGUUUUUGACUCAAGUGGACGAUCAGGAGGCAGAAGAGGAGGAUGAAGAAGAAAGUGAGCCUGAUAUACUGUCUUAUACCGCCAGCACUGUUCAUAUUCCUGAUAGAUACAAGGGUUUCGAAGAUCUUGUUGACGUUGAUGACGACCCCAACGACUAUAUCCCAGAACAUAUACAGAGUGCUGUAAGUUCCCUCAGGAAAGCACUACAAAAGACUAUGAUCCUACCCGACAUCUAUAAACCUGUUUGUAACUCAGAAGUACUUCCAAGGAAGCAUAUCUACAAGUCUUGCAAGGGAAAACGUCUGGUUCCAAAGGGCAAGAAAAUAGACAAGGAUAAACCCCUGAAUGAUGGAUUGCGAAUGAUAAGGAAUCAAAACGUCGCUCUAGAAGGCGGUCUCGGCGACUAUAUCGCCAGUGAAAAUACUAGGACGAAGAAGCAGGGUCGAAGACUGUUGGAUCAGAUUCAAAAGAGAUACAAUCAAGUAAGAAGUGAAUGUUUGCAACAGAGAUCCUCUCUUCUGGAAGACAUCAGGGGCACUGACCCAAGUAUGAAGAGCUCAUUCACUCUGGAACAGAAUGUACCCAGUUUAUCAAUACUUCCUCCCCGUACACAGGCAAGCACGUACGACUCAGAGAGAGUUAGCAACACUCCCUACACAUUCCGAGAGGAAGAGGAUGCAGAAGACUCCAUUUCCAGGGAGAGUUCCCAGUAUACCCUGUGAUAAAUCACGUGCUAUUCACAAGCUGGCAUGUGGCCAACACGUGCUGGAUUCUUCAGAGAUUUUGUUACGUUUUUGUAAACUGUUAAUUGGAUAGUAUGGAGUUCAGUUGAGGAUGUAUGAGAGGAUGAGAGACAGGAUAAAAUUAAUUUGAUGUUAUUUGAUAAACAGUAAUUUAACUUUUUUUAAUGCUUUAGAUAGAUUUUAACCCAAAGAUUUGUCAUGGCUUGAAGUAUAUAAACAGCUUUUAAAGUGAUAAAUAGCUGAAAGUCUUCUGCCUCGCGGUUAAUAUUUGACAAUCAGAACAACAGCUCUAUUCCUGCAGAUGAGUUCUUAUUUAACCACCAACCAAAUCUAAAACUUGUGAUUUGUUCAGAUAUAAUGUGUAGUUAUAGUAUGUACAUAGGUUUGAUAAUGUACAUAUAUAAUAGGUUUGAUAAUGUAAGAUACAUUCGAAGAUAAUGUUUAAGUUUGGUGAUGAGAAAAGUAUAAAGAUUGUAUCCUUUUGUCCAUUUGAAUUUUACGUUUGUACCUAGCCUGAGAAACAAAUAAAAUUUGCAUUAUUAAAUCAAAAGCUUGCGUAAAAGAUUUUUUCCAAUUCCGUCACUCAAUUAAAAACGCCGUAAUUAAAUAUCACUUUUUUGAGACACAAAUUCGCAAGUAUCAAGCAAAAAAGGCACAACUACGAAUGAAAUUGUACAAUGCACUCAUGCGACCAAUCUGAAGGCGCUUAAACAUCUCUUACUCUUUGACAGCAAUUAGCCAGAACAGCUUUCAGAUAACAUGUUUAUGAAUACAUGUUAUGUAUCAUAAUUCACAUAUAGGAAUAUUAGCAAGAUCAAGAUAGAUACUGGUUAGUUAUUCGUACAUUUUCGUUUU